GCUACAGCUUAGCAGUGCUCUUUAAGAAUUUUCUGAUUUUUGGUAUAAAUAUCUGACUCGGUUGUUGAUUGAAGGCAUAACAACAUUUGGUGUUAACAUUAGUCUUGCAUUCUUAAAAUCUUUAAAAAACCUCAACUCAAAUCAAAAUGUUCAAAUUGAUCGUUACUCUGUCUGCUCUCUGCGCUGUUGCCUCCGCUGGCUACAUUGGUGGCUAUGGACUCGGCGGACAUGGUGGUUAUGGACUAAGCGGAUUGGGCUAUGGCGGUUACAGUGGUAUUGUUGCACCAGCAUAUCACGCACCCGCCCUUGUGGCAUCCGCACCAAUUGUGAAGACCUACAGCGCGCCCCUCGUAGCCGCCCCUGUGGUGAAGACCAUUGCUCCCUUGGCUACAUCAUACGCCAACACUUACAAAGUGGCCACCAAAGCGAUCCCUGUAGUGCAUGCCGCCCCUGCUGUGGUGCACGCUGCACCAGCUGUAUAUGCCGCGCCCGCCUAUCACACCGCCUCCACCUACCACGGUUCCUUGGGAGGUUACGGUCUGAACUAUGGUUAUGGUCAUGGUUAUUUGCAUUAAGUGUUUAAGGAUUGAUAUGGACUAAGUCGAACCAGGAUAUGAAAAAGGCAAAUGAGCUCUCAGUCAACAUACUCUUGAAGAUUGCUACAGAUAUAGGUUUAAAGAUCGAUAAGUGAUCCGAGCAUCGUAUAUACUAAUUAUAGUUAAACAUUCCAUGAAACACUAUUAUAAUCAUUACCAUAAAAUCCUUUUCAUCACGAAUGAAUUUCGAGUGACAUUAUCGUGUAAAGAGGCUAUUCAUAUCACGAAGUUGGUGGCGAUGGCGAUGUUUACAUGUAGUUAUUGGAAAGAGUGAGCAGUUGGGAGAUCAGAAGCUUUGACUAAGUACCUAUAAGAUUGUUUUUGUGUAUUCGAUUUCGAGCGUAUUUCUAAGUAUUUUUAAUAAAUUUAUACAACGAAUUAAA